AUGGGGACUACCCAAGACGCAGGAAAAAGGGAUGAUCUUUGUGUCAGAAAGGAUGCAGAAGCUGCAGAACCAGGAACAGCCCUGAGCUUUGGGGAACUGGAGCUGAAGGAAGAAUGGCAGGAUGAAGAAUUCCCUCGAUUGCUUCCCGAGGAGAUGGGUCCUUCUGAAGAUCCUGAAGACCCUCAAAGAAACUCCCAGGCGGGUACCCCCAGCACCUUAUCUCUGUGUGGUGCUCGCCCCAUGCGGAAGCGACUGUCUGCCCCACAGCUGCAGCUCAGUCUGACCAAGGGACCGGGAGGCAGCGGAGCUUCCCCUGCCCACUCUGCACCUUCCUCGCCGGAUGGCAGUUCUGACCUGGAAGUGGAGGAGUUGGAGACGCCCUCAGACUCAGAGCAGCUGGACAGCGGCCAUGAAUUUGAAUGGGAAGAUGAGCUGCCCCGGGCAGAGGGUCUGGGGGCCAGUGAGGCUGCUGAAAGGCUCGGUCGCGGUUGUGUGUGGGACAUGGCCGGAGAGGAUGGACAUCGCUGGCGGGUGUUCCGGACAGGACAGCGGGAGCAGCGAGUAGACAUGACUGCCAUUGAGCCCUACAAGAAGGUUCUGUCUCACGGAGGUUACCAUGGUGAUGGCCUCAAUGCCGUCAUCCUCUUUGCUUCUUGCUAUCUGCCCAGAGGCAGCAUUCCCAACUAUGCCUACGUCAUGGAGCACUUGUUUAGGUAUAUGGUGGGGACUCUGGAGUUGUUGGUGGCUGAAAACUACGUACUGGUCCACCUGAGCGGAGGCACAAGCAGGGCCCAGGUCCCACCACUCGGCUGGAUCCGCCAGUGUUACCGCACUCUGGACCGGCGGCUCCGGAAAAACCUGCGCGCCCUGGUGGUUGUGCACGCCACGUGGUAUGUGAAGGCACUUCUGGCUCUGCUUCGGCCCUUCAUCAGUUCCAAGUUCACACGAAAGAUUCGUUUUCUGGACAGCCUGGGAGAGCUGGCCAAAUUCAUCUCCCUGGACCAAGUUCACAUCCCUGAAGCUGUGAGACAGCUGGACCGGAAUCUCCAUGGCUCGGGAGGCACCUAG